AUGAGCAGACCCUUCGACUUCAGCAGGCUUGCUGCGCCCGUCGUGUAUGGGCCGUUCACCUCUGAAAGCUCGGUUAAGAUACAAAGGCUGAUGUGGGAGUGCACCCCGGACUCGAGGUAUAUCGAGGGUGCCGAUUCGACAACCAGCUUCUACAUGCGCAACGGGAUCCCUCACGAAGUAUUGGCGCCCGACGGGAAGACCUGGAUCCCGUUCAAGGCGUGGAUGCUCCAUUUUUGCCGAAGGCUCAGGAGGGCUCACGUGUACCCGCCCCAGAACCCCGAACUCUUCGGCGGCGUUUACGACCGGGGCUACGUCUCGUUUUGGUACGUGAUGAAAAAUCGCAUCACGAUACAGAAAACGCUAGCCUCCAUGACGCGCAUGUGUGUCUGCAAGCAGAUGAACGCCUUCACGGCGGAUACCAUCGGGCCAAACCAGCGAUUUGAAGAGAUAAUAUUUACCUUGUUCGGGCUCCAAUAUAGCGAUGAUGAUUGGUUCGGCCUGCCGGGCUUUAUCACCUCGCGGUCCGUUCGACAACCCUGGCUCGAGUUUCGCCGGGACUACUUGGAGAGCCACCCGUUCGAGCCGAACCCCUGCUGGGGUACUAUACAGCCCAUCCUAGCGAAUCCGAGGCUGGCGGCGGCAAGGAGGGCGGCCUACGGAGUGGGGCUCCCGGGGGAAGUGUACGUCUCCGAUAAGCAACAUUGGUCCAAGGAGGAUCACGCCUGUAGGUUCAUCAUCACUCUUUACAAUAUGGCUGCUGAUCGAGUGGGCACCGAAGUGGACGAAUGGCGACCGAACGCGAUUUUCAGCUCGACCGUUUCCCUGGAUUUCUCCGACAGGCACUUCUUUGGCUACGGCCUUCUCAAUCUUCUCACGCAAAGCUGGCAAUUUAACCAGAAGCACCCGUCGCCGCUCUACGAGGAGUACCUCACGCCUGUGAUCUACCAAGGCUUCAAGCCCCAUUUCUUCGUGUUCCCCCACCUCGAUGUGGGCAAGCUCGACUUGUCCUCACAGACGCCUUGGAAUACAGAGAAGCCGCCAAUCCAUUUCAACGCAGAAGAGGCACGGGAUGCCGGCCUGCUAACCGACGACGACGUGUUCGACUUCGAGGAAGACGAGAGCAUGAUAAAUAUACAUCCGUGAAUCAAGAAUACUGCCGACGCUCACUUGAUGCUCUAAUGGAGACUGUGUUGCAGAUACUCUAGGUAUAGGUAUGAUGAGCCACAGGAAUCGCCUUGUGCGAAUACUGCUCCAACGGCCGCACGGAACUCACCACCGAAGAAAGGUCGAGAAGGGAGAGAAG